GGAAUUCCCUCCAGAACCUCUCUGUCCCAGACCCUAGUCACCUCUGCCCAGAAAGCCACUCCCACCUAUUUUUAUCCAAGAUGGUGCUAGUCAGCCAGCAAGAAUGAGUCAGCAGCCCCAAGUUCUAACAGUGUGUGUGUGAGGGGUAGGUGGGUACAGAGUGGUAAAGAUGAGAGAGGAACAGUUUCUGAGUCAGGUGGGAUGGAAGGAUGUUUCUGAGCUCCAGAAGUUCUGAGUCUAUAGUGAAGUAGGUAGCAUAGGAAAAGGUUCUGAGCCUGGACGUUUAGGUGAACAGGACCUUGGAUUUUGAGCCAGAGGGAAGAGUGAGGUCAAAGGGGGAGGGGCUUCAGAGCUAUCUGUGAGAUGAGUAGGAAAGGAUGAGUUCUAGGUUUUGAGCUAAGAGGAAAGAAGAUCUGGAAAAUGGUGGGGUCAGGCUGAAGGAGAUUUCUGAGCAGGAAUGGGUUAGGUUAGAUGGAGAAUCUGAUGGGGUCAAAGUUUCUGAAAGGGGAGGGAAAUGGCAGAAUUGAGUGUAGGUGAGUGGAGAGAAUGGACCAGAGUGCCCAGAUCCAGCCAAGAUCCAACUAAAUUGGUGGUGUGCAGAUCAGGAGGUCAGAGCUAGACUGGAGGAGGACGAGGGAGGCUGAGACUAAUCAGAAACAGCAAAACGAGCUAUUGCUGUUUUCUCCUACCCCAGCCCUCUACUGUAACUGUGUCCAUGCUUUUCAUUUUGACAGUGAUAGAUGAUUGGAGAGGGAAAACAGUCUUUUUCUUCCCAUUUUCCUAUUAAUCGCUCAUUCCCAGCCAAAAUCUUUCCCUGACUCCCUUGAAAAUUUAGUCAAUCUGCAGGGAGAGCAUUAGGUGAGUAGAGUACCCUGGCAGAAGAGUCAGGGAACUAUGGUAAGUACUUGGGGCACCAGCUACCACUGUCUGUAUGUUUGCUAGUCCUCUCAUGUAUUGCUAAACUUGAACUAUAAACUGUACUUGAUAAAUCUACAUGACAGAUCAAAACACACCUGAGAGACCUUCAAAUUAUCAACUAUUACAGCUCUUUGAUUACUUUGGAACCUCUACUGAUACCAGCUCAAGGCCAUCUCUGCAACUGUACAGAUUAAUCCUCUCAAGUUUUUUUAUGGAGAUAUCAGUCAGAAUGAAGACAUAAUAGCUUCUGUCCAGAAAUGGUUAAUUAAUAGCUUGCCUAGGUUAUUUAAGUUCAAUUAAGUAAAUUGGUGCCCCUGAUCUAUAUAAAAAGUGGCUAUUUGAUUUGUCAUUUGCAUCACUCGGUCUUUAAAGUGUACCAAGCUACUCUUUUUGACUUGAAAUUUCACUGUAAUUGCCUGAAAUGUUAGCAGCAUCUUUGAUCUGGGGAAUAGUGGUGAUACUAUGCUGUUGUUUUUGGUUUAUUCUGGGAAUAAGGAGGAGGCGUCCAGGAGAGCCGCCAGUGGAAAAUGGGCUACUUCCAUAUCUGGGCUGCGCUUUGCAAUUUGGUGCCAACCCUCUUGAAUUUCUCAAAGCAAGACAAAAGAAAUAUGGGCACAUUUUCACUUGCAAAGUGGCUGGAAAAUAUGUUCAUUUUCUCACUGACCCUUUUUCAUACCAUUCAGUGAUGCGCCAAGGAAGGCAUUUGGACUGGAAAAAGUUCCACUUUGCUGCUUCUGCAAAGGCUUUUGGACAUGGCAGUAUUGACCCACGUGAUGGAAACACCACUGAAAAUAUGCAUCAGACUUUCAUUAGAACCCUGCAAGGUAAUGCCCUGAAUUCCCUCAUUGAAGCUAUGAUGGAAAACCUACAAUAUGUCAUGCUGCAAUCAAGUACAUCUAAACUGCAUUCCAACAACUGGGUAUCAGAUGGGCUUUAUGCGUUCUGUUGCCGGGUGAUGUUUGAAUCUGGCUUUUUAACGCUUUUUGGCACAGAGUUUAAUUCAACCCAAGACAAGAAUCUAUCUCGGCAGGAUACCCAGAGAGCACUUAUUCUAAAUACUCUUGAAAACUUCAAGGAUUUUGAUAAAAUUUUCCCAGCCCUUGUCGCAGGCGUGCCUAUCCAUGUGUUCAAGAGUGCCCACAAUGCACGGGAGAAGCUGGCAGAGGCUCUACUCCAUGAGAACCUCAGAAAAAGGAACAAUAUCUCUGAGCUCAUCACUCUCCGUAUGUUCUUAAAUGACACUAUAUCGACUUUUGAUGAUAAGGAAAAAGCAAAAACCCACCUGGCUGUACUAUGGGCUUCACAAGCUAACACAAUACCUGCUACUUUCUGGAGCUUGUUCUAUCUUAUAAGGAGCCCAGAAGCAAUGAAAGCAGCUACUGAAGAGGUGCAAAAAACACUGGGAAAUGCUGGUGAAAAGAUCGACUUACAUUUGCCAUCUAUAUCCUUGAAUCGAAACCAACUGGAUAAUAUGCCAGUAUUAGAUAGUAUUAUCAAGGAAGCAAUGAGGUUGUCCAGUGCAUCCAUGACUGUCAGAGUUGCUAAGGAGGAUUUCACUUUGCACUUGGAUAAUGACUCCUACAACAUCCGCAAAGAUGACAUUGUAGCUCUUUAUCCUCAGCUGCUGCACUUUGAUCCAGACAUCUAUGCUGAUCCCUUGACAUUCAAGUAUGAUCGCUAUCUCAAUGAGAAUGGAGAAGAAAAGACUAUCUUCUAUCGCAAUGGUCACAAGUUAAGAUAUUAUUACAUGCCAUUUGGAGCAGGAGUAGCAAAAUGUCCUGGAAGAUUAUUUGCUGUCCAUGAAAUCAAACAGUUUUUGACUUUGGUACUUUCAUACUUUGAAAUCGAGCUUCUUGACAGCAAUGUGCCGUGUCCUUCUUUAGACCAAUCCCGAGCAGGGCUGGGUAUUUUACAACCAACUAAUGACAUUAGUUUCAAGUACAGAUUAAAAUGUCUGUGAAUAUAUAAAACAUUUUACCUAUGGGGGAAAAAAAAAUCAGUAUCGAGAUUAUCAUUGAUCUAAAACCCCCAAACAGAUUACACCAUAAUGCUAAUGCAAUGUGAACACCACACAGUGCUGGUAGGGAUUACAGAAAUGGCUGUUUUUCCUUUCACCAGGGUUAUCAUAGGCAAACUGAGAUUUUUUGUAUUGGGGAAUCAGGCAUACAUUUUCUUUAUUGCCAGCAAACACAACUUCUUCCUGUGAAUGGAGUAAGAAUAUUGCCCUCUGAGUUAAAUUAUUUCCCCAUAUUUGCUUGUAAACAAUUUUUUUGCCAUUUUCACAGAUGAAAGGUCUUAUUUUUUUCAUUAUUGCAACAUUUUUGUUGUAUAAUGGCAGGACAUUUUUGUUUUGUACCUGUGGAAAAUGCUUUAUGUUUUCAUGAAAAACUAGCACAAUUUUUGAGGAAAACCUACAAAAUGUUUCACGUUUUAGUGAAACUGCACCAGCUUGUACUAUAUUCCUGGUGUGAGAAUCUUUUCACAAAACUCGAACCACAUGGGCAUGAAUCAUAUUGACUGAUGGAAAUGCUUCUGUCAGUUGUCUGCCGUUUCAUCAUUUUUCAACAAUCCAAUGUCAAAGCACUGGGGUCAACCAUGAUUCGUUUGGCUAUUCUAUACAAUUUUAUUCAUUUCAGUGUUCCAAACACUGGGUAUUUAACAUCAUACAAGAUCAAUUAAAUUUGGAUUGAUUUUUUAGGAAAAUUUCUUCAGGGUAUAAGAGGUGGUUUUGUGGUCAUCUGUCAAUGAAAAGAACACAUGAGAAUCUAAUCUAUAAUUGGGUUUCCCCAUUCCUUGUUUUUAGGGAUUGAAGGUCUGAUCUUGCAACCCUUACUCAUGAGAGUAACCCCUGUCCAGGAAGAGAUCACACAAAGAGCUCUCAGCCAUUUCCAAACUCCAUAUACAGGCAAAUAUUCCAUUACAACUAGUAAAAGUUAUUUCUGGAAAUUUGGGAUUGAGCCCUAAAUCUGCUUUAGAUUUUCCGUCUGCUUCCCUUCUCACUAGUCUUUUUAUUUUGAGUAUUCCUGGACAAAGAAAAAGAAAAGAUUCUGCUAUUUGUAAUGAUUUAUUAUCCAUAUUUUGUCUAAUUUUAUUUACUCACUUUUCAUUUUCAAAAGAGAACUGGUAAAAGCAGAAAAUGACAUCAUCACUUCAUGUUUACUUAGUGUUUUAACUGUUAUGUACAAUGUAAAUAUAUUUUAAUUUCUUAUUGUAGCUGAUAUGGUUGUAACCUUAAAAUAUGGAUUAUUUUCAUAGUUUUUCAAUCAUAUGUAUAAUGUAUAAUCCAUUUACCAUACAUUGCUGCUCCCACCUAGAGUGCAUUAGAAGUACAAUAGUAUGCUACUCAUUUGCAGCCUGGCAGGCCUUGCUGCUUUUACAGUAUGGCUCCUUUCCUCUUUUUUUUUUUUUAAAAAGAACUUUUUAAAAAUCAGUGUUCUGAAGUUGGUGGAGGCAGUGGGAUAUGGUAUGCAGCAUAUUCUUCCACUAUGAAAAAUAGUAACUAGUAGAAUGAAAACAAAAAAUAACGAGGAGAGGCUAUGAAAACACUUCCUCUACUAUUUUAAAUAUAUUUAUUGAUAAAUCAAUUUUGCUUUACUUUUACUUUAUUCCAGGUUCCCUGGAACAUUCAACCUCUGUCUUCCUUCUCCUAUCUCCUUUAAUUUAGCUGUCUUUUCAGCAGCACUUUGUGGCCUAACAUGCUACUUUCAGUUCACUUUGUACUUUGAAAACUAACUUGGAAGUGUUAAACAGUUGCUAAUGUUGGCCUACAUCACCACCUUCCACAGAGAUACCUAUGGGAAGGAGAACAUAAGAACAAAUUCUCUCCCAGAACUCCAUGGGAGACAGGUGCAGGGUCUGCAUCUUGUGGAAUGGGUAUUGAUUUUAGCCCCAAACUCUGCUGAUUGCGAAGAAUCCACAAGAGGCAUGAAGGCCUGUGUUAGCUCUGAGGACCUAGUAACUUUUGCCCUUCCACUGUUUCCUGGAAGUGCAGCUCCACUGGAGACAGCUAUCGGGCUUUCCCCUGACCAUGCCUGCCUCUCUUACAGGAGUUUCACACUGUACAGAGGGUGUGUGCAUUAAGGUAGCAUAGCCCCAGGGUCUAUUAUCUUUUCUGGAAAAUGUCUCUGGGUAAUGUCCAUGGGAGGGUGAUGCACCAUUUCCCUCAGUCUUUCAACUUCUUCUCCAGCUUGCCAGUUCCUACUACCUCUCUCCUCCUUUUAGGUACCUGUCCCAAUAAACAGUCCUGCCUAGGGUUUGGGGAUGGGGUGUGGUGCCACAGAGGCAACCAACCGCCCCAUACAUACUGCACAGUACCAUGUUACAUAACAGUUCAGUUAUAAGUAAUUUAGUCACCCCAUACCUCAGGGCUGGCUCUUAAAUGCUCCUGCUAGUGCUUCUCUAGCACUUAAGAGAGCUCAUGUUCCCGUUUAGGCACUGCAAAGCUCCCUGAAGCCAAUGGAAAGAUGCCCUUUGCUUUCAGUGAGCUUUGGAUAGCCUUAACAAGCAGAGUACACCAGAGACAACCUACAUAUGCAAAUUGGCACCAUGGUUUCAGCAGCUUGGACACUAAGGAAAAUGAACAUCACUUGAGUAAAGCAUUGUAAAGAACACAUUAAAUGUACUAUUCAUGAACUAGAAUAUAUCUGAUACUGAUUCAAAUGCUAAAAUAGCUGUUGCUACCUAUUAAAAAUCUAGAUGAAAAAGUGCUUCCUUGCAACUUUCAUAUGCCCUCCAACAUUUGUGCUGGAAAUAAUCUGAAUUGUAUUUUUUUUUUAAAUUUCAUUCCA